AUGUCAACAACGUCAACACAAGGCUGGACGCCUAAGACCCUUGGGAACCCUAUUAUCGAGGGGAGGAUGCCUCAAAAUUCAAAAGUCAAGAGGUGGGAUGGAGCGGCAAGGUCUUGCGGUGAUUGGGAUAAUCUGAGAAGAGACCCUGAAUUAUGGUUCCGCGGUGGAAACUGCUUCGUACACUUGUACGGCAAGGGGCAGUCCCGCAGAGGACCUGCAUUCAAGGUUCCAUUCGGUGCCUUGCUUUCAGCAAACUGUCAUCCGUUUGUUAAGAGAUUUAUGGCCCGCGACAUGCCUGAGACGCCAGGUUCAUUUCAUGACCAGUAUGAUGAUUUGGACCGGUGGAAUGCUCUCAACCCCAAUGAGCGGAUCGAGCUCUACAUUCCAGCACCCCCAACGGCCGAUAAGGAACAGGCAUUUUCUUACCAUCUUGCAACGAGAAACUUCUUUGCAUGGAUCUUUCGGCGCUCAGUGGUUGGCGAGCACCUCGGCACUGCGCUGAUUGGUCUUCUCAAUAGCAUGGCGGAGUUCAGAGGCAACGAACAGGACAAUGUGUCGGAUCUCACUUCUUACCUAGAUGAAGAGGGCUACUACGACAUCAAGGGUCUGCCGCAACAUGCACUUGCUAUGCUGCAUUUGGCUGAAGUCUUCCAAUUGAAAGACUUGUACGUCGACGCAUUCAGUCACUGUGUUGGAAUGAGCGAGGAGCUCUUUUACAGUCCUGAGUAUCAGCAUAUUGGCUCAGUCUCCAAGACACUGAUUCGACGGGCGCGGACUGAGAUGAAUUCAAGGCUUAGUCAAGCUGGUGGCAUGCUUAAGAACUUCCUGGAAGAAGAGCUCUCUGAGACACAUCUCGGCCUCCCAGCAGGCGGACGUGCCCACCUGGACCGAUUUCGAUCCUUUAUCCAAUCAUUUUACACGACAAAGUUUGGCUACUACCCGCCAUUAUCCUUCGACACUCGUAGCAGCACUAUUUUCGACCCUGAGAUUUUCAGCACCAUGUGCAAGGACUUCAAGGCCGUUUACGACUUGCUCGUAGACGAGGAGUUCACUUCAAUCGAGAGCAGCCCGCUGCUGGCGCAAGGCGGGAUCUGCGCCGUGCAGAGCGUUCAAGAAUUCGAUGAGCGAUGCAACUUCAAGUCUCUGAGGCAUCCGCUGCCAUUACUGCCCGAGACUGCCAGCGACAAGGCAUCCCGUCGCAUGUCACUGCAAUGGUUGGCGAACACUGCGCGAGGCGACAAGCUGAAGCCGGAUCAGCGCCUACUGGCUCACAGUGCCAUGAUCAAGGCAAUGAACAUGCGUGACCCAGCACUCCUGGACAACGAUUUUGUCCGCGCCUACCGGAAGUUCGAAGAGGACUCCGUGUCACCUCUUAUCCGCGUCGACAAGGCCGAGAAGAUCAGCCUUGUGGACGCCCGCAAGGUGCGCUGGAUUCUGAUUUAUGCAGUCUACCAAGUGCUGCUUAGCUGCACACAGCCACCACCAGAAGUCCGCGACACUGUUGAUGUGGAUUAUCACCUCGCAGUGUCUUGUGAGAAGCUGCCACCCUGGAAGGAGGGACGCCAACUGCAAACCCUCCUGCGCAAGCAGGCAGACAUUGCAGCCGAUACUAAGCGGUCGCAAUCUGUCACGGACUGGGCAACGGGUUGCCAUGGCACGCCAUCUGUACUUGUAUCGCCCACAAUCGAGAUUCGACCAGACGUCGACUAUACUGCCAGAUCCCGCCGCGACGAAGUAGCCUCCCGUCGGCAAUCAACAUGCGGAGUCCCAGCCGCCGCCGCCCCGGCCCGCUCACGGAGCCGGAGUCUAUCCCGCAAUAACCCUUUCCGACGAUCUCUCAGCAUUUUUCGCAAGCUGGAGGAGCAAUGCGCUCCGGCACCCCGCAAGGCAUCAUACUGCGAGAUCGUGGUCCACGGCUACGGCAACGGCACCAACGCCGUCAAGAAGUGGGAGGGCCCUCCCGCGGAGGUCUCGCCUCGGACGCAUGUCGCUCCGCGCUCUUUCUCAACCUCUUCAGAGUCCAGCGGCGUCUCUGAGGCCCCCUCGAUGGGUGGUCAUAGUUACGCCACCGUCGACUCCACGGCGCCGCCGACCUCGCCUGAUGCGCCGAGUAAGAAUUGGCCGAACCAGGAGUCACCUAUGCUGAGCCCUGUUCCCCUGCGUGGCCGUCGGCGCAUGAGGAAUGUGCUUUCCUUCGCGGGAACGCCGCCUCGUGCCAGUUCCUCGGAGUGGACGGCAAACAACCGGCGCCACAGUGUUAUCGGGGGCGGCGCUGGUAGCUACGCCCACGAUUACGAGGAGCUCAUCAAGGAGCAGGAGGCGGACUUCCACCGUCAUGAGCUGGAGCCUCUUCCCCUGCAGAUCCGCAAGUCUUCGAUUCCGAUUCAUGAGUCCCCAGUAUUGGGGCAGCUGGAUGUGCAGCCUGUGUGGGAGCAGUUCAAAGACCUUGGUGGUCUUACGAGCUGUUCGCCUCUGAAUAUCUAG